GAAAUCCUACAUUUCCCAGGGUACCCCGCGAACACGGAAGUGCGUCACCACGCAUGACCUUGCAUUCUUCUUCACUUCAGUUGCUAGUCGACAGAGAGGACGAGCAUGGCGAGUAAAGAUCCCGGUGGUUUUCUGCAGCAGCUGCGGCAAAUAGCCGGCAGGAUGUCAUCAGGACCUCGGGGUGCAGGUACCGGUCUCAAACUGCUGAUCGGUGCCGGAGCUCUGGCUUAUGGAGUGAAGGAAGCAACAUACACAGUUGAAGGAGGUCAGAGAGCGAUCAUCUUCAACCGGAUCGGAGGGAUGCAGAUGGACACGGUUCUGGCUGAAGGACUCCACUUCAGGAUACCGUGGUUCCAGUAUCCCAUCAUCUACGACAUCAGAGCCAGACCCAGAAAGAUCUCCUCCCUCACCGGAAGCAAAGACCUUCAGAUGGUGAACAUCGCUCUGCGUGUCCUGUCGCGGCCGCUGGCGUCCAACCUGCCGACCCUCUACCAGCAGCUGGGACAAGACUACGACGAGCGUGUCCUGCCCUCCAUCGUCAACGAGGUGCUGAAGAGCGUGGUGGCAAAGUUCAACGCUUCACAGCUCAUCACACAGAGAGCACAGGUGUCCCUGCUGAUCCGCAGAGAGCUGUUUGAGAGGGCAAAAGACUUCAACAUCAUCCUGGACGACGUGGCCAUCACCGAGCUCAGCUUCAGUCGAGAGUACACCGCUGCAGUUGAGGCCAAACAAGUCGCCCAGCAGGAGGCGCAGCGAGCUCAGUUUUAUGUAGAAAAGGCCAAACAGGACCAGAGACAGAAGAUCAUCCAGGCUGAAGGAGAAGCUGAGGCUGCUAAGAUGCUGGGCGAGGCCGUGACGAAGAAUCCAGGCUACUUGAAGCUCAGGAAGAUCCGAGCGGCGCAGAACAUCGCCAAGACGGUGGCGCAGUCCCAAAACAAAGUGUACCUGAGUGCUGACAGCCUGGUGCUCAACCUGCAGGACAAAGAGAACUUCAGAAUGUCGCUGAAGUAAGAAGACGUCUCUGUCGUUUGUCAUCAUUCCUUCUGGUCCACUUCUACAGAAAGAAAGCGUCUCCAUCACCGGCUCGUCUCACCUGUUGACCCCACAUCAGGUUUUCAGUCUGAUCCUGGUUCAGUCUGUCUGUCAGUCACAAAAACUGACUUUAAUCAGUCGCUUUAUUUUGAAAGGUUCCUGUAGUGUAGGUGAAAGUGAAUCUUCUGCUUCUCUCGUGUUGUCAUCUGUAGUCAUGAGCAGCCAUUUUGUUUUCUUCACAAUCAGGAAAAAGAAACGUUUUAUUUGUGAAUAAGAAGUCGUUGAGAGAAUCUGCGGUCCCUUCCUCCUCAGACGAGUCGAGUGUCUAAGAUUAUUUAUGUACAUGUUCCAGGUGGAAGCUCCGGUUUCAUCAGUCACAUGAAUGAGUUGUAACGUGCCGAUCAAUGACAAGACAUUUUGGUUUCUGCUGGAACUUUUUCACUCAUUUACAUCCAAUGCUAAACAUAAAAUAAAGAGUUUAAAAACUGA